AUGGUUCCUGUUCCCAUCUCUGCGCGCAAUUCCCAUUCUUCCCGACUUGUAUAUAUUCUAUUCUCACUUGCAGCACAACAUGCGCCACGUUUCUUUCAUCGCUCCAGUGGCGAGCUCAGCAAUGCUGUGCUCGCCAAGCGCGAGAAGUUCGACCCGCACCAAACCAAAGAUAUUGUCUUUGUCGUCCUCAUCCCUAUCCUUGUUUUGUUGUCGGGUUUGUUUGCCGGUUUGACAUUGGGCUAUAUGAGUCUUGAUGAGACUCAGCUCAACGUACUCAGUAUUAGCGGAACCCCUGAGCAGCGAAAGUAUGCCAACAAGAUUAUGCCAAUACGCAAAAAUGGGCACCUCCUUCUCGUUACUCUGCUAUUGGCCAACAUGAUUGUCAACGAGUCUCUGCCUGUUAUUGCAGACCCUGUCCUUGGGGGUGGAGUGCAGAGUGUCGUCGUAUCCACCGUGUUGAUCGUCAUAUUCGCGGAAAUCAUUCCUCAGUCUCUCUUCACCCGCCAUGGCUUAUAUUUGGGUGCCAAAAUGGCAGGUUUUACUAGAUACUUGAUCUAUGCAAUGACCAUUAUUGCUUGGCCAGUUGCGAAAUUGCUCAUUCAGCGCAAGACUAGAGAGGCUGCAACUUUUGCAGAGAUAAAUCCUGACUAUAACAAAGAUGUUCCUGCCUCCGCCUCUGCCACUGCGGUUGGAUUUAUAGGAACGCCAGAAGAUGUUGCAGGAGUGGUCUCUUACCUCGUUUCGGAUCGAGCGCGGUUUAUGACUGGACAAGUUCUUACAAUUGACGGUGGUGUCAUUUUCCGUUGA